AUGACCUCUGUUCCACGACCCGAAACGAAGGCUGUCAAGGAUGCUGUUGACAGUCGCGUUGCCAUUGUUACUGGCGCAGCACGAGGCAUUGGGUAUGCCACUGCGUCUCUCCUUGCUCAGAACGGAGCCCGUGUAGUCCUAGUUGACUUGCGCGAAGAUGACUUGAAGCAGGCGUGUGCAAGAAUCGGUCUCCAAUCAACCUACCGUGUAUGCGACGUGGGUGACUGGGAUCAGCAAGCCGCCCUCUUUGAACAAGUCAAAUCUACUAUCGGGCCAAUUGACCUCCUUGUCUGCAACGCCGCCAUCAACCCCGAAAUCGCGCUUUUGCAGAACUCCAACCCAGUGCAGCAUGCGGAAAUGAAUGGCCAGGUCAGGUAUAACUACCUGGCCGACGAAUCGAGGAAGAAUGACGACUCCGCACUCCAACGCCCAUCGACCCAGCUCUUUGACAUCAACAUGAAUUCUGUUAUUUUCGGGUUGAAACUCGGCAUUCAUUAUAUGAAACAGAAUGGAGGAGGUCGCAUUGUGGUGGUCGGAUCAGCCGGCUCGUAUGUGCCCAUCCCUUCGCAGCCGCUCUACGCGGCUAGUAAGCACGCGGUACUGGGACUGGUCCGCAGCACAGCGCAGAUCGAGGAGGUGGUGAAAGCCGGAAUUUCGAUUUCUUGGAUCGCGCCCUGGUUGACUUUGACCUCCAUGGUGGAGGGUCUCGAGGCAACAAAACAACCUAAUACCCUGAAGAGCUCUCCGGACGAUGUUGCGUGGGCGAUUGUGGCUGCGGCUGCGGCGGAGAGCCCGAAUGGCAAGGGUUAUUGGGUGCAAGGAACCAACAUUAGUGAGGUGGAGGGGGCAUAUUGGGAGGUUGCAGGCCGAUUGAUCAGUCCGGAGAAUCGAUUCUAG